AAAAAAAACUAUCUUCUUUCAUCUUCUAUCUCAACUGGGAGUUCUGUUUGUUUCACCUAUUUUUGUUUUUUUCUGUUUCCUCUCUCUUUACUGCUACGACUACUCAUCAACAAUACCAAUCUACGUUCAUCAAUUCAAGGUGGAAACUUUCAAGUCACCCCUCUCUUCUUACUUGUUUCUCUGUCUUUAGGGAUAUUUCAACAAGAUUUGGGAUUCAGUUGAAUUUGAGUGAGAAUCGAUUCGAUUUUGCUGAUUGUCUGACCACUUCUUUAUCAAAUCCAGAAUAUAGUCAAUUCCAAACGAAGAAAGGCCCAUCAUCCCUUUCUUUCUUUUUCUGUUAUAUUUUUAGUUAUUUCUUGAUGGAAUUUUCUGGGUCCUCUAUAUAUACCAGAAAGUACUUGAGAAUUUGACCAGCUAUAUAUCUUCUGAUUAUUAAAGGCACAGGAAAUUCAAGGAUAUGGGAUGCUUUGUAUCAACGACGAAGGACACAGGUGGAAACAGAAAGAGACCAUCAAACAUUGGUGAGGUCUCUGUAUUUGUGCCAGGUUUAAGGAUUCCUAAGACCGUGGAUUUCUCCCAGGCAUUAGGCGAUCAUUUGUCUAAAAGUUUAGUGGAACGUCUUUCUGCACUUAGAACCAGAAUUGUAGUUAUAGCUGCACAAGAAGCUCCGACUAUUACAAGAACAAGACGGAGAACGGCUACUCAACAUGGCGGUUCAACUCUGGGAGAUCUUCUUCAGGCUCUCGAAGAUUAUUUGCCUGUUCUUUUGGGUUUGGUUAAAGAUGGGAGCCCAUUGCAACACAAAGUACAGUUUGUUUGGGUCAAUCAGGAGGAUGAAGCGGAGGAAACGGCAAUGUAUAGUGCUUGGUAUGAAGUAUUGUCAGUUUUGCACUUGAUGGCAAUGCUAUCAUUGUCCCAAGCUAAUCUUUUGCUUCUUCCUAGAACAUCUGCUGAUGGUUAUCAACCAAAGAUGUCAGAAGAGAGCAGGCGAUCUGCUAUUGAUAUUUUCCUUAAGGCAGCCGGUUACCUUGACUGUGCAGUCCGGCAUGUUCUCCCCCAAUUGCCUUCCGAACACAGGAGAAAUCUACCUGUGGACCUUGCAGAAGGUGUUCUACGAGCACUUUGCCUCCAAGCGCUGGGCCAGGGUGUUGAUAUUCAACUUGGACUAGCAAUUGACAGUACAAAGGCCACAUUAGCUGUGAAGCGAAGGCUUGCAUGUGAGAUGGUAAAAUAUUGGCAGCAGGCUCAAGAUAACCUCAUGAACCUACCAUUGGCAAAUGGAUGGGGAGAAAAGCAUAGGUUCUUUGUGAAGUGGAAAUACGUUGAAGCUAAGGCCGCAGCAUAUUACUAUCAUGGUCUGAUUCUUGAUGAGGGAAACACAGAAAAGUCUCAUGGAAUGGCUGUAGCUGCUCUGCAAGCAGCGGAUGAGUAUCUCAAAGAAAGCAAGAAGGCUUGUGAAACUUUUAAUGCAUCCGUUCCUGUCUCUAGGAAUCCACCUCUUUGGGGAACAAUGAAGUAUCUCUCAGAGAAGAUUCCCAAGGACACUUCUAGCAAGGUCCGAAUUAACAGGGAUCUAUACUCUAGUGAAAAAAUUAUGGAGACAGCACCAACUUUGCCUGACUUUGCAUUGGCUCUGAAACCUGAUGAAUAUCAGCUUCCUAUUGUUGAUGCAUUUUGGAAUGAGGAAACAAACAAGGCCCAAGUCAACCACGAGAAGCUUAAAGGGUAGCUUUGCACGGUGUUCCACACAUAUCAAACUCUGAAAAAAUACAUGUCUGCAAAUGCAAUGGUACAUGCUGUUCAUAGACGAGGAAGGGUUGUAGAAGAAUUACCAAUCAAUUUUUUGGUUAAUUUGCAUCCCAAAGGUCCAUCCUCUUCUCUUUGACUUUUCCUUUUUUACCCCCCUUUUGAUCUUCUUGUUAAUUGAAUCGUUUUGUAUCAUUUCCUACAAAUGUGUAAUAAUCCCCCCGUGAGAAAGAUUUGUACAACGACCUUUUAUGUUUACUUUUAACACUGGAGGGAAAGGAUAAAGAAUGAAUUUAUUUGCCAACGUAAAAAAUUCUUUU